UACCUUAUCCAUUUUUAAUCACAGCUAAAUUGAUUUCGAUGAGCACCUCCCGUUUCAAAAUUUAAAUUCAAAGCGCAAAAAGUAAUAUACGCCAUUCCAGCGUUGAUUUAAGCAGAGGCGAGGUCCAAGGAUCGAGUCCCCAUUGGCCAGCAUUUUCCAUGGCUCGUGCUCCGCCAAGAUUUGUCGCAUCCUUCUGGGGCGAAGCAGCAGCAUCCCGCUCCUCUCUAUCAAAUUUCAGCCUCCGAAAAGCUAAUUCAUGCAAGUCAAAACAUCUGCUGGUUGUCUCAAGAAAAUUAUCUGGUCUAGCCGAUCUUCUAUUCAACAGAAGGAGUCGAGAGCAAGAACAGUUAGAGUGGCGACAUACACAUACUAGAUUAAAGCCUGGAAAAUUAUCACCUCCAUUACCUGUUCCAGACCAUAUAUUAAAGCCACCUUAUGUGGAUUCAAACUUUGUACCUGAAGUUGCAUAUGGAACACAAAUACAUGAUGCUGAGGGGAUAUCACGUAUGAGAGCUUCAGGACAGCUUGCCUCUCGUGUCCUGGAUUAUGCUGGAACAUUGGUUAAACCAGGAGUUACAACAGAUGAAAUCGACAGAGCCGUUCAUCAGAUGACCAUUGGUGCUGGAGCGUAUCCUUCACCUCUUGAUUAUGGUGGUUUCCUAAAGAGUGUAUGCACUUCAGUGAAUGAAUGCAUCUGUCAUGGCAUACCCGAUUCACGACCAUUGGAGGAUGGUGAUAUUAUCAAUAUUGAUGUAACAGUUUAUUUGAAUGGUUAUCAUGGAGAUACUUCAAAAACAUUCUUUUGUGGGAUGGUUUCAGAGGAAGCUAAGCAACUUGUAAAGGUGACUGAAGAGUGUUUGCAUAAAGCAAUAGCAAUUUGUGGACCAGGAGUGGAGUUCAAGAAAAUUGGUCGAACAAUAAAUGAUUACGCAGAUAAAUUUCACUAUGGUGUUGUGAGGGACUUUGUUGGUCACGGGGUUGGCGAAAUUUUCCAUUCUGAUCCAGUGAUACUACAUUUUCGGAACAAUCAACCAGGACGCAUGGUAGUAGGUCAAACUUUCACAAUUGAAACCCUGUCAGAUCUUCGGGAAUUGGAGGAUGAAAACCCUUCAGUAUCGUGUGUUGGCUUCAUUCAAGAGUCAAAUUUGGGCGUACAGAGCCCAUGCUGACACUCGGCAGCAUUGAUCAUAUAAUGUGGAGCGACAACUGGACAGUCGUUACAGCUGAUGGCAGCUUAUCUGCACAGUUCGAGCACACUUUAUUGAUUAGAGAAGACGGUGUAGAAAUUUUAACACGUUGCUAAAACAAGUUCUCUCAAUUCCAGAUCUUCUGCAAUGGCUUGUAGUCAACAAGGAGUAACUGAUUUACACUAAGAAGCCAAGCGGCCAUUUUUGUAUGUCAAAAGUUUUCUUUUGUUGAUCUGUCGAUCGUUGUACAUCAUUCAAUGUAAAUAGUGGACAUUUGUAGACUAACAUUCAACAUGAGUAAGGCCACUCUGAAAUUUCAGUGGCUUGUUAAUUGAUUUGGGCUUCAAUCAAGUCGCAAGUUCUUACUAGUCAUAAUACCUCUGUGUAGGAUGUAGCGUGUUCAGAAUUUCAAACAAGUAAUUAAGGAGCAGAGAGAAGGCAAGUUAUUGGACUAAAUCAUUUGCAAACAUCUUACUGCUCAAAUUUGAAGUGCCAGAAGGAAGACGAGAAAUUCACAGAUAGAAGGGUUGUGUGAUGUAGAAAUCUAGAACAGGAUGGUUGAAGCUAGUAAAACAGUUAUUUAUUUAUAUUUAAUAGUUGACCGAAUUGAUGUUUUGAGAA